AUGAUAUCGAGAUGUGGUGGUCGAGCGGCUGCCGGGCGCAUGGCGCAGCGUUCGGCGCGGCGCGCGGCGGCGGGAGUCGUGGGGAAGAAUUUGGUCACCGCCGAGUGUGCGACCUCACUGCGACCCGAACGCGGGCAGACGCGUGAGAACAGUCCCAAGUUCGGCGUCUUCAGCAAGCGACAUACAAUGCGUCCACAAGAUCUACAGAAACCGUUGCUGCAGCAGAAUCUCGCAGACGCGCUGUUGCUGAAAGUGCACAACAACAACGAAUUUCAUAAAGACAAGGAAGCACAAGCCAAUAGGCGUUCUGAGUACGUACAAGGUGUAGAAAGAAACACGGUUAAAGAAAUACAACAAGUUCUACAUGAUCACAACAUUUAA